AUAACGACAUACUACUAGACUGGGCUUGGCUUUCCUUUUGCUUUUGUACCGUGGCGUUAUGGAUUUAGGAGAACGGGGUUAUAGUAAUAGCUAAAUCACUUCGCACCGCUGAUCUAGAUGUGUUCUUGAUGAGACGGGGUAUUUGGCUUGGUGGUCAAGUCGUUGCUGGAUGAAGCAGUCCGACAUGCCUCACAGCUUCAACCAUGCCUGGAUGCUGCUCGGCGCUGCCACUCUGCAGUCAAGGAAUGAAAUUCCAGACGAAUGAGGUCACUCGCAUCAGCGAAGGCGUUCGUCUAAACCUUAAAUUACUCAGGCUUGAUCGGAGCUUCCAUUUCCUGCUGCCGGUUCUCUUUAUCAAACACUGUGCUGGCAAUGCUACCUCUAAUUAUCUGACUCCAUCUUGAACUGUUGCGGUGCCCGACGUGGAAUCGCAUCACGGCACUGGCCAUUAGCGUGCAUCCCUGGAGAGUCAGGCGCCGCACUCAGCGGCCUUGGUCGCCGCCCCAACAAAAUUGGCCCCGCGCAGGCGCCCAAAGACUUGGCCCAGCAGGCAGCACCGGCACCAGACUCCAGAAGUCCGACGCCAGACGCCAGACGCCAGACGCCAGACCUCGAACUAGCCCAUCCGUGUUAUUCGCGGCAGCACGCCAUCCAAACCGAUCGCAUCCCCGAUCGGACACUUUCGCCGACCCUGUCGUUGGAAUGAGGAGGCUCCCUCGUCACCUCCCGCCCUCCUCCGCCUCGCCCCCCGUCCCGGUCCGACCAGCGGUCUUCCCCGCCGCAAUCCGGACACGCCCAUGCGCGCCGCCGUCCACGGCAGCGGUCGCGACAACAUGGCCGCAGAACCAUUUUAGAUCUGGGCAGUGCGCCAGAGGCACUCGCUCCUUGUUUUGUUCCUCGCCCAGCAGGGAGGCGCAGCAACAGCAGUGGCAAGAGGAGGCGACGACAUCUAGCGACAGUAGCGGCAGCGGCAGCGGCAGAGCCAGCACCGAGACCAGCCCCGAAUGCUCGGCAGCAUCCGCGGGCCUACCCUUCAAGUUCGAGACGGGCGUGGCGCUCUUCGCCAAGCGGGCGCCCCGGCCGUUCCCUCCCCCUUUCCUCUCCCCGCCGUCGGGAUCCUUCAGCGACCCGCUGAGCACGCACCACAGCAGCCGGGACCGGCGGCGGCGGAAGGGGGGCGCGGGCGGGGCCAGCUACGUCAACGGCGAGCUGAUCCGGGGCUGGACCAACGGGGACGACGCCGUCUACGCGGGCGAGACCUUCAUCUGCGCAAACGACGGCGUCGGCGCCUGGUCCGCCCGGCCCCGCGGCCACUCGGGCCUCUGGGCCAGGCUGGUGCUACACUUUUGGGCCGGCGCGGUCUGCGAGGACGUCGCGAGGUGGAGGGGCGGCGGCGGCGGCAGUGCGCCGGACCCGGCGGCGGCGCUACAGCGCGCGUUCGAGCGCACGCUCGAGGCGACUAGCCCGCCCAACGAUUGGCAGGGCACCACCACAGCGACGGGGGCGCAGAUAUUCUACAGGCAAGGUCAGGCGCAGCAGCAACAACAACAACAGCAGCAGCAGCAGCACGAAGGUGGAACCAAGGACGCCGGCGCGUCCACGCCGUUGCUCUACGUGACGAACCUGGGUGACUCCCAGGUCAUGGUGGUGCGGCCCAGCACGGGCGAGCUAGUGUUCAAGACCAAGGAGCAGUGGCACUGGUUCGACUGCCCGCGGCAGCUGGGCACCAACAGCCCGGACACGCCGGCCGAGAACGCGGUCGUGGACGUGGUCGAGAUCCGCGAGGGCGACGUCGUGCUGGCCAUGUCGGACGGCGUCAUCGACAAUCUGUGGCCGCACGAGAUCGUCGACAAGGUGUGCGAGUCGGUAAAGAGGUGGGAGUGCGACGGCGCGGAUGCGGGCGCGUCCUCCCCCCUGGGCGGCGGCGGCAGCCCCGCGCUCUACCGCCGCUUCCCCGGCCAUGAGGGCGAGGAUCUGGAGGAGGAGCUGCUCGACGGCGGCGGCGACCGGACCGGCGGCGCCAACGGGGGCAUGCAGCUUGUCGCCGACGAGCUCAUGGAGGCCGCCAGGGCAAUCGCUGUAGAUCCCUUUGCCGAGAGCCCGUACAUGGAGCAUGCGAUCGAGGAGGGUUUGCCAACUGAGGGAGGCAAGCUUGAUGAUAUCAGCGUUGUCGCGGCUCUGUGCCGCCGUGUCUGAACUUAUUUCCGACGAAGUUAGACCACGGCCUUGAACGCUGUCAUUUAUUUUACUGGCGAAACAAGCAUUUCCACGGCGUUUGCGGUUUGUUACGAUGUUCAUGCUCUUAUCAUGCAUAUUUCUCAGGGGUACAUCGGAUACUGGAGGCACACAGAGAGGUUUGAGGGAUUCCAAAGAAUAUGGGACUAAUGAGGUCGGAUGGAGCCCUGCAAUACUGAGCAAGUAGUUAGACGUUUGUCACAUUUUCAUAGUCAAGAUUACAGUAGUUCAAUCCUGCGCUGAUUUUAUACA